AUGUUAAGCCUUCAAGCAGAGAAUAAGAUGUGCAACGAUAGAGUGGAUUUACUGGAGAAGAGAGAAUCCUUGUUAAAUGACAUAGAGGUUUCUGGGGUACCCGAAUCGAAUGGUGAAAACGCAAAGCAAAUUAUAAAUAUGAUUUCCAUCAAACUCGGCAUUAAGUUGGAAGAACAGGACGUGGUAUACGCCAAACGGGCAGGAAACGGACGUAGUAAUUAUGAGGAAAGCGAAGAAAAGGCGCCUCGGCCGCGCGUCAUUGUCGUCCGCCUUACACGACGUGAAACGCGCGAAGAGCUUCUGCGCAGCGCUCGG